CUAAGCAAGGCCUUCAGGACUGGCUCUGUGGAACAGAAGAAGCAGCAGCUGUCCAUCAGGCCUCCCAUGGCCCAGAGGGAGCGUCCCCCCAAGACUGGAAAUGGAGGGGGCAGCUACUGGCAGACAUGUUGGCAACUCUGGGCAGACCAGGAGGUGCCUGCGGCUGCCUGGAGGCACAGGGGCCUAGGCCCAAAGGCCCCCACCACAGGGACCUGGUAUCCCGGGCACCACCUGCCUGCAGCUUGCAACUCCCACCUUUGGGCUCUGCUUGGCGACCUUGCGACUCCUGCACACGGAUGGACCCAGCCAAGCCCGUCACCUCUAGCCAAGCCAGCCUACGGAUCUCCUGGACUCCGUGGGGGCAGUUGUGCGAGACACCAAGGUUCAGAGGAUGCUGAUGAAGGCGCCAGGCACACUGUCGCCAGGGGAAACCCCAUCAGACUCCUGACCCUACUUCCUUGGGCUCAGACAUCCCCAUCAAGCCUGGAAACGGCGCAGGCCCAGAAACCUAGUCCAGAAGUUACCCCCAGGAAACCCACGGCCCCCCAGGCACUCUCUUUCAUAGGAAGCUUAGGGUCCAGCCCCAGAGAGAAUGAUCACAAUGGACUUCUGUUCAAGAAGAAGGCAAGACAGGAAGUGACUAAGUGUGAGGUGACACAGCAAGAGGUCAUAUGAUGAAACCAGCAGGGGUUUGACAACGCGGGACUGUUCUUCC